AAACAAGGAUAAUUUCAGAUUGCUAAGGUAAACAAGAGGUGAUGGAAACUAAGAGGAAUCAUAGUCACAUGGAAGACUGACUAAUCCAGAUUAAUUAUUGCAGAAAUGAGUAAUUACCACACGUCCAAAUGCAAUAAUGAAACCACGUUGAGAAACCACAUUAGAUGGAUCUUGCCUUCCAUUUGUACAGCAAUCAUGCUAAUCAAUGCAACUUGACAUCAUUUCUUAAUCAUAUAACAUUAGGCUAAUCUGUAUGAGAGGAGACAUAAGGAAUCAAAAGUUUUCAUAUAUCAAUGAAUGAGAUGGCUAUGUGGCUAUUAUUUCAACCAAAGAAAACAACCCAUCUCACCAACAUCUAUGCAAUGUUCCUUGAUUAGGCCACUUUCAUUAACCAACUUCCUUGGAGAUGGCAUAGAUUAAGCCAGAUGUAAUGCAGGAGUGGGCUGUUUGGGGUGAUUUUGGACGAACUGUGAUAUCAUUUAAACCAGAACAACCAUAAUCUACUAUCACUGUGAUUCACUUUCACCAUUUCUACUUAUCCUUGGAGGUAAGCAAUGAUUUUAAACCAGGAAGCUAAAGUUCCUUCAGUUACAACAAGACACCCUGUUGAGUUCAUGCUGCAGAACACAAUUAAAUUGCUAACCCCCUCAAGAGGUGUAAUAUAAUAUUGGAUCUGCAAUCCACAACAAUCAUUAAUGGUGAGAUUCCUUCAAUUUGAGUUAUCCAGAUGAAUUGGUUCUGGAUGAGUAAAAGUGAAAAUGAUUAUAUUCCUAGUUUGGUGCCAAACCAGAUUUACAACUUUAUUUAAAAGGAUGGAGAAGCCAAGGAUGAAUAUUAAUGUGGAGCUAGUUAAAACAACCAUAUAUCUCCAGCUCAUUCCCUCAGGGCUCAGUUUUAGUUUAAUCUUUCAUGGAUCUUCAAUGCACGAGUGGAUUUGGAUCUAACCAACUGUAUAUCUUCUCAGCAGUAUUUAAUGCAGUGUCCCUUGCCAACCUAGCAGGCCAACUCAUUUUGCCAACUUAGUUUAAUCCUCUUGCACGAGUGGGUUGUGUUUGGAAUGAUAUGAAAAUAUCAAAUAUGGAUCAAACAGAAAUGGGGUUUGGCGAUUAGGAUAUUUUCUAAUCUAACUGACCAUUGACAUUAAUGUCUCACUCUCAGUAUAUUGCUCUAUCAUCUUCUACCACAGUGCAUACAAUUUCCGGCCUGUUCAUUUCAGUUGCCUUCUGCUGUUCUGCAUAGAGGAGAAAAAUGACAGUGGAAAACAGGUUCUGGGAUUAUUACAGAUGGUUGAACUGGAUUGACAAAUAGGUUAUUCCUAAUCUUCAUUCAGUAUGGGUAAAUUGCAUAAAGUUUUUACAGCUUUUAACGGACCUAAGAAACUUACCGGUCUUUUGGAUUGGGCCAACUGUUACCCAAUGUAAUGUGCGGGCCUAUAGCCCAUCAUACGAGUUCCAAGUUCCAACCUCUAAUUACAUUUCUCAAGUUCUCGCCUCGUAGUAGCUCGACAUUCUUCCUUUACACUUUACAGUUUACAUUACAUGCUUGUUUGUUUCUCUCAGUUCGUGGGUGGUGGGUGGCAACUGGCAAGAAUCAAACCUUCAUUCAUGCAAACAGAAACAGGUGACCUCAGUCAGCCAAAAGCUUCCUCCCUUCCCAUAGGUUAUUUGGUGGUAAUGAUUUUGCUUCCCACUCCUCUCGUUUGUCAGACAGCAGCCUUGUUUUCUUCUCCUAGUCCUAGGUCAACCUCGAAUAAGUUCCUUCUUCACCCUUAGAAUUUGGAGCUUUUGCAGGGUGUUUAGGGAUUGAAUCUAAUCUUUGCUUACCCUUUUGAGAAAGUUCACUGCUUUUUGUAGGAUGGGAGGAGAGAUGAGAAUGGUGGAAAUUUUGGAAGCCUUUUUUUUUUGCUGUUCUUUUCAGUAGGUUGUGAAUUGGGAGAUUUAUGAUUUUAGUUGUGAAUUUCUUAGGAAUUUAUGAUUUUCAUUCUCAUAGAAUCGAGCUAAGAUUGAUAUGGAUGGUUCAAGCAUAGGUGGUAGGUUUAUGUUAGGAUCAAUUGGCGGGAGCUUGGACCUAGAAGCUCCUCCGAUGCAUCGAAACCAACAUAGCCAGAUGGGUAAUCCCUCAGUAGUACCAUCCCAUCAUCACCACCACCACCACAACCAGAUGAACUCAACUGGUGGGAUUGAUUACAAUAGGCAGCCGAUGGGGCUGAUGGAGUCUAUAGGUCUGGCACCAAAGGGGCGUCCGACUAGUUAUGGGAAAGCAAAUGACGAUGAUCUUAGUGAAGAAGAUGAUCCAAGCUUGAUGGAAGAUGGCCAGGUAUCCCACGGUUCGAAGGGUACAAAGUUAUCUCCAUGGCACCGGAUGAAAUGGACGGAUAAUGUGGUGAGGCUUCUAAUUGCUGUUGUUGCUUAUGUGGACGAUGAUGGUACAGAAGGUGGUGAGAGCCACAAGAGGAAAUCUGGGGUUCUGCAGAAGAAGGGCAAGUGGAAGACUGUUUCCAAGGUCAUGAUCGGCAAAGGCUGCCACGUUUCGCCCCAGCAAUGUGAGGAUAAGUUCAAUGAUUUGAACAAGAGGUACAAGAAGUUGAAUGAUAUUCUUGGGAGGGGAACAAGUUGCCAAGUGGUGGAGAACCCUGGCUUGAUGGAAUCGAUUCCUCAUCUUUCGUCCAAGGCCAAGGAUGAAGUUAAGAAGAUACUGAGCUCGAAACACUUGUUCUACCAGGAGAUUUGUGCUUACCAUAAUGGACAAAAAAUCCCCAACUGCCCUGAUGUUGAUCUCCAAGGCUGCUCAUUACCCAUGAAGGGACACUGGAGAGAGAAUGAUGGUUCUGAGGAGGAUGAGGAAAAUGAUGAUAGCGAAGAUGAUGGCUCGGAGAAUGAAGAUGAAAAUGUAGAUAUGAAUGCUGAGAGGACUAGAAGAAAUGAAGAAGGAAAUAGCUAUGAGGUCAAAAUGGCUGCAUUGUUUCAAGACCCGAAUGUGACAUCUGGGGAGAGGAAGCAGUGGGUCAAGAACCAGAUGCUUCAGCUACAGGAGCAACGAGUCAGCAUUGCGGCUCAAUCCCUUCAGCUCGAGAAGCAACGCCUCAAGUGGUUGAAAUACAGAAGUAAGAAAGACAUGGAGUUCGAGAGAUUGAAGAUUGAGAAUGAGAGACUGAGGCUAGAAAAUGAGCAAAGCAUGGCACGGAUGAAGCUGAAGCAACUGGAAGUUGAUCUUGGACAUUCUGAUGCAUCGGUAGAUCCAGUUACUCUCGGAACUCAACGACCACAAGGAAAAGAGUCGAUUGAUCUGAGUAGGCCACAUUGUAGAAUUUCUGACGCUUGACUUCUGGUAUCUUGUAUCAUCCUCUGCAAUAAAACUUGUAAAGUUUAUUGUUUUGGAUCCUUGUUGUUCUUACAUUCGCCCUGCGGGGAACCAUAAUUUAAUGAUAUGAACUAUGAAUCAGUUAUCUACUUCCAUAUAUUUCUUGCUUCCUAUACUGUUUUUCAUGCCUCACUUGGUGGCUUUUGGUUAUUGAAGUUAGUUGUUAUUCUAAUGAAAUGUCAUAAAGUUC